AUGCCGGCGCAAUCCAAAUCAGCAUCCAAACGCAAGGCGAACGGCACACCGCAAUCCACGCCCUCAUCCAAAAAGACCACAAAACGCGAUGACGACUUCAUCAUGACGCUCGACUCGGACGACGAGGUGCCUGACCUUGACGAUGCCGACGCCGCCUCUGCAGGCUCCGCCUCCGAGUCCGAACCGGAACCUGAACCUACCACGGACGAACCGCUCACAAAGAACCAGCGCAAGCGCAAGGAGAAAGCGCAUCUCGCGGGCAAGGAAAAGAUCGUCGAGUCCGCCACUACCAAGACUGCAGCUUCGACGGCAAGGAAGGACAUGGCGCUGGAUACGAAUUUCGAGUUCGACAUCUUUGGCGAUGGGUCGGGCGCCGACUACGCAGGUGGCGAAGAGACCAAUGGAGGAUGGGAUAUGAAUGUGAAGGGACACAGGAUGCACAAGAAGAUCAACGUGGAUGACAUCAUUGAGAAGAGGAGGAGGACGAGGCCCGAAUUGGCGUUGCCGGUGGAUGACGAGGAGGACGAAGAGGAGAGUGCGUCCGAGGUGUCGGAGAACGAUCUGGAUGAUGAUAUCAAGUUCGCCGAGUUUGGUGAUAGCGAUGAGGACGACGACGAGGCGCUCGACAGGUUUGGCGGAGGCGACGGCGCUAUUGUCGACGAAGACGAGGACGCCGAGGAAGCAGCAGAGGUCGACAGCGAGGAGGACCCGCUCAGCAGCGAUGUCGACUCCGACGUCUCCGAUGACGACGACGAAGACAUGCCCCCCAUCGACGACGAUUCGGACUCCAACUCGUCUGCUGAUGACUCGGACUCCGACGACGAGGCGGAAAAAGCCAAGAAAGCCGCCUUCUUCGCCGAAGAACCUGCCACGACUUCAUCCAAGAAAGCCAGCGCCGACUCCUCCUCGUUCAGCACCUUCUCCCUCUCGCGCCCCGUCCUGCGCGCCCUCACCUCGCUCUCAUUCCACAAACCCACCCCAAUCCAAUCGCGAACCAUUCCCAUCGCCCUCGCAGGCAAAGACAUUGUCGCGGGCGCCGUCACCGGUUCGGGCAAGACCGCGGCCUUCAUGAUUCCCACCAUCGAACGUCUCACCUGGCGCGCCAAGGGUCGUACCGCCGAAGCCAAGACGCGCGUCCUCGUCCUGGCGCCUACGCGCGAGCUCGCCAUCCAGUGCUAUUCGGUCGGCCAGUCUCUGGCGAAAUACACCGACAUUCGCUUCUGCCUCUGCGUCGGUGGUCUCUCGGUCAAGUCGCAGGAGGCGGAGCUGAAGCUGCGACCUGAAGUGGUCAUCGCCACGCCUGGUCGGUUGAUCGACCACGUACGCAACAGUGCGUCGUUCACGCUCGACGAUAUCGAGAUCCUCGUCAUGGACGAGGCGGAUCGGAUGUUGGAGGAUGGAUUUGCAGACGAACUGAACGAGAUCGUCAAGAGCUGCCCUAAGGGGGCCAGGCAGACCAUGUUGUUCUCGGCGACCAUGACGGAUGAUGUGGAGCAGCUGGUGCGUUUGUCUCUCAAACGACCUGUGCGGCUCUUUGUCGAUCCUAAGCGGACGACGGCGAAGAAGCUGAUUCAGGAAUUUGUGCGAGUCCGCGGGGUGGGUUCGGGCGGUGUUGCUGGUGCAGAUGGACUCUCUGGUGUGGGCGAAGAGCAGCCAGCAGGCAGGAAGAGCGAAGAUGCUCAACGACCCGCGUUGCUCCUUGCGCUGUGCACGCGCACGUUCACCACCCAGACGAUCAUCUUCGUUCGCAGCAAGAAGCUGGCGCAUCAGCUCAAGAUCGUUUUUGCCCUCCUCGGCCUCUCGGCGGGGGAGUUGCACGGUGAUCUAUCCCAAGAACAGCGUAUCGAUGCACUAACGGCCUUCCGCGAUGGAAAAACGGAUUUCCUGCUUGCCACCGACCUCGCCUCGCGCGGUUUGGACAUCAAAGGUGUCCAGACGGUGAUCAACUACGACAUGCCGGGUCAGUUCGAGGCGUACCUCCACCGUGUCGGUCGUACCGCUCGAGCGGGACGUCAGGGUCGAGCCGUCACCCUUGUCGGCGAGGCAGAUCGUCGCAUGCUCAAACUGGCCAUCAAAAAGUCGCCCGCGGAAGCCGUCAAGCAUCGCAUCAUCCCGGCGACCGUUGCGACCAAGAUGCUGGAAACGCUGGAAACGCUCAAGCCGGAAGUGGACGCAGUGUUGCGCGAGGAGAAGGAGGAACAAGCCCUGCGGAUCGCAGAGAUGGAGCUCAAGAAGGGCGAGAACAUGGCUGCGCAUGCGGACGAGAUCUUUGCCCGCCCCAAGAGGACGUGGUUCCAGAGCUCGUCCGACAAGGAGCAGGCGGCGACCGCAAGCAAGGCGCACUACGAGGCGACGAUGGACGGUGCUAGCAACAAGACCGGCCGGGACCGGUACGCCGGGUUGAGCAGGAAGAAGCGGAGGAGCAGGAUGAUGCGCGAUGAGAUCGAGAGGGAGAAGAAGGAGGCCAAGGGGAGUGAGGGCGCCAAGACGAUUAAAGGUGGUGGAGUGAAUGCGGCGAUCAGGGGGGCGAAGAAGAUGGCUAGGCCGACCAAGUUGGGUGUUGCGCCGGUCAAGGUUGGGGUCAAGGGCAAGGGGAAGGGCAAGAAUGGUGGAGGAGGGGGAGGUAAGAAGACCAAGAGCUCGUUCAGCAGAGACUUUGGGGAUAAGCGUCGUUGA